AUGCAAGAACUCCAGGAUAGCUAUUCAUCAGAUGAGCAUUGCAGGGAUAUUAUUGCUCUGAUACUAUUAGACCCCACAUCUCAGCCCAAGUAUGAGUGGAAUAAUGAUCUACUAAAGUAUGAUGGUAGGAUUUAUGUGGGAUCAUCUUCUGGCCUCAGGGACAAGAUCAUACAAGCCUUGCACUCUUCUGCCUUAGGAGGGCACUCAGGCCAAAGGGGGUGUUGGCAAAGAAUCAAAUCCCUAUUCUAUUGGCCUACCAUGAAACAAAAUGUUAUUCAAUUUAUACAGUCCUGUGACACUUGCCAAAGGUAUAAGGCAGAACAUGUACAUGCUCCUGGUCUACUGCAACCAUUACCUGUUCCUCGAAUGGCAUGGACACAUCUGACCAUGGAUUUUAUUGAAAGUCUACCAAACUCUCAGCGCUAUGAUACCAUACAGUCUGACGGCCAAACUGAGAGGCUGAAUCAGUGUGUUGAGGCUUAUCUCAGAUGUAUGACUGGGGAAUUUCCAAAACUUUGGAGUAAAUGGCUGGCAAUGGCAGAGUGGUGGUAUAAUUCUUCUUUCCACUCUAGCCUGCAGUUGACUCCAUUUGAGGCAUUGUACGGCUAUAAACCUGUGUCCCUCCCACUUGGCCCUUACUUAGACACAAUAGUUCCUGCAGCAGCCCAACUUCUUCAAGAGAGGAUCAGAAUUUCCAGCAGCAUUCGAGACCACUUGGCUAAGGCUCAACAGAGGAUGAAGUUCUUUGCUAAUCAGCAUCGCACAGAACGAUCUUUUGAAGUAGGUGCCUGGGCAUUCCUCAAGUUGCAGCCCUACAGACAGCAGACUAUUUCCAUCAGGAAAUGCCUUAAACUGGCUGCCAGGUUCUAUGGCCCUUUUCAGGUGGAAGCUAAGGUAGGACCGGUGGCCUACCGCCUCAAAUUGCCUGCAGAAGCCAGAAUCCACCCUGUCUUCCAUGUGUCAUUGCCGAAGAAAAAGAUUGGACUAGUACAACAGGUAUCAAAGACUUUGCCUGAAUUUGACAAUGAUGACCAAUGUCCCCUACAACCAGAAGCUAUGUUGCAAAGAAGAGUAAUUCUGCGCAAUGGACAACCAGCCAUUCAGCUUUUAAUCAAAUGGUGCCAAUUGGGAGUGGAAGAAGCAUCUUGGGAAGAUAAGGAUUUCAUCCUAUCCCAGUUUCCUCAUUUCCAGUCUUGA